GACUAAAUCGUUACCGUGGGAAGACUGGAGGGCAUCCAUAAGUGAGAAGAAACAGAAGAGUGCUGAACGAGCUAGGAACCUAAGUGCUUUGSUCCAUGCGUUUCCCGCCGGGCAAGUACUGCUGAUGACCUGGCUCAGCUUGGGGUUAAAAAAGGACGCUUCGGCCAGUGGGGAAAGAUGUCGAGUUUCUCUAGGGCAACCCAGCAAUGGGCCACUUUUGCUCGAAUAUGGUAUCUCUUAGAUGGGAAAAUGCAGCCCCCUGGUAAACUUGCUGCUAUAGCAUCAAUAAGACUUCAAGGAUUACAUAAACCUGUAUACCAUCAACUGAGUGACUGUGGAGAUCAUGUUGUCAUAAUAAACACAAGACACAUUGCAUUUUCUGGAAACAAAUGGGAACAAAAAGUAUACUCUUCACAUACUGGCUACCCAGGUGGAUUUAGACAAGUCACAGCUGCUCAACUUCACCAGAAGGAUCCAAUAGCAAUUGUAAAAUUGGCUAUUUAUGGCAUGCUGCCAAAAAACCUUCACAGAAGAACAAUGAUGCAAAGGUUGCAUCUUUUUCCAGAUGAGGAUAUUCCAGAAGAUAUUCUUAAGAAUUUAGUGGAAGAGCUGCCUCAGCCUCGGAAAAUUCCAAAACGUCUAGAUGAAUACACCCCGGAAGAAGUAGAGGCUUUCCCGAGAGUAUGGUCUCCGCCUGAAGAUUAUCGGAUCUAAGAGAAGGAAAAUUACAGUGAAGCGAUKUAGGCUUCUUCCUGAUAAGUUUCUCUGCCCUAGAACAGUGAAACAACUGCUUCAGGAAACUGCACUAAGACUCGUUAUUUUAUAGAAUUGUUUUGUUAUGUAAUGAUCGAAAUAAAACUGCUUCCUGGUAGUAAGUACCAAAAUAA